UCGACUGCUCCUCUGCCGACCCCUAAAAAAAAGACUGCUCCUCUGCCGCCGGACCUCCACUCUCCCGCCAGGCGCCCGCCGGUCGUCCUCCGCCUUCCUCCCUGCACUUCCUCCACCGCGCGAUCCCGACCCGCCUUCUCCGCCCCGCGCCGCCGCCCGCUCGACCCGAGCUCUCCCCUGUCUGCGAAGGCGACAACCAGCAGCCGCGGCCCGAAUCCAGGGUGGGAGGGAGAUCUGCCGCGCUGCUCUGCUCGAUGGAGACUGGAGCGGAGGCGGGCGGCGGCAGGCCGGAGUACAGCAUCAUCGUUCCCACCUACAACGAGCGCCUCAACGUAGCACUCAUCGUCUACCUCAUCUUCAAGCACCUCCCUGAUUCCAAGUUCGAAAUCAUUAUUGUCGAUGAUGGAAGCCCUGAUGGCACUCAAGACGUUGUAAAGCAGUUGCAGCAAUUAUAUGGCGAAGAUCGUGUUCUACUGCGAGCUAGACCAAGGAAGCUAGGACUUGGUACUGCAUAUAUGCAUGGAUUAAAGCAUGCAUCAGGGGAGUUCGUUGUUAUAAUGGAUGCAGAUCUAUCUCAUCAUCCAAAAUAUUUGCCAAGCUUCAUCAGGAAGCAAAAGGAAACCGGUGCUGACAUUGUAACUGGCACCCGUUAUGUUAGCAACGGUGGUGUCCAUGGUUGGAAUCUUAUGCGUAAGGUGACUAGCAGGGGAGCGAAUGUUCUAGCACAGACGUUGCUACAGCCCGGAGCUUCUGAUCUGACUGGAUCGUUUAGGCUAUAUAAGCGAAGUGUUUUGGAGGAUGUCAUCUCCUGCUGCGUCAGCAAGGGCUAUGUAUUCCAAAUGGAGAUGAUUGUCAGGGCUACUAGGAAAGGUUAUCACAUCGAAGAGGUCCCAAUAACUUUCGUCGACAGGGUUUUCGGAAUCUCAAAGCUCGGUGGAUCUGAAAUUAUUGGAUAUUUGAAAGGCCUUGUGUAUCUGUUGCUCACAACAUAGGGGAGACGCAUGGUAGAUUCUUGUUAGUGUUUUUUUCCUUAUGUUACCACAGCUUGAGUUACAUGAAUUUGCUAACAUUCUCAGACUUAGUUGAAUUAUGUACACAAGUUUUUGUCUAUGAGUAUCCUUAUGAAUCGUGUGGCAUCUUGUGUUC